AUGUCGCGCGACACCAUCUCCGUGGCGCGGAUCGGCUGCGAUUUCUUGGUGCUCGUCUGCUGCGCGAUACCGCUGCUGAUUUUCCACGAAUUCGUCCCGCCAUAUAAGCGCGGCUUCUACUGCGACGAUGAGACGAUUCGGUACCCGUUUCGAAAAUCGACCGUCUCGCGGCAGAUGCUGAUCGUCGUCGGGCUGUUGAUCCCGUCGGCACUGAUCCUACUCACCGAGCUCUUCCGGGCGACCGUUUGGGAGAAGCCGUGCCGCGAUCAGUUCAAGACCUACCACAUGCGCAACCACUCGGUGCACCGGCUCAUCGUGCGCCUCUACUGCUUUUUGGGCUACUUCUUCGUCGGCGUGUGCUUCAACCAGUUGAUGGUCGACAUUGCCAAGUACUCGAUCGGGCGCCCCAGGCCCCAUUUCAUCGACGUGUGCCGCCCAAGCGUUGGCUACAAAACGUUCUCCGCCUAUAAAUCGGGACAGUGCGCCAACCCCGACGAGUACAUCGAGAACUUCAACUGCACCGGCAUCGACAAGGGCCUCAUCCACGAGUCGCGACUGUCCUUCUACUCGGGUCACGCCGCCUUCUCCUUCUACGCUGCGUGGUUCACGGCGCUCUACCUCCAAGCACGUCUCUACCGCCCGCUCUUCUCCCGGCUCACCAUCCCCGUCGUGCAGUUCCUUCUUUUUGGAGGCGCCGCCUACGUGGCCUACACGCGCGUCUCCGACUACAAGCACCACUGGUCCGAUGUGCUCGUCGGCGCCAUCAUGGGCAGCUCGAUCGGCAUCUUUGUGGCCGUCUACGUGGCCGAGGUGUUCAUGCGACGCGAGAUUCCGCUGAACGACCCGAAGGUGCUGCACGACCAGUUCGGGCUGAUCCGUGUCGAGCCCGAGCCGGCGAUACAGCAGAACGGGGAUCCGAUCGUCUCCACGCAGUCGCACACGAUCCACAUCCAAGACGAGACCGGCCCGCAAGCGCCCACCUCGCAGCGACUGGCCCAGCACCACCAGCGCAUCGAGGAGGAGCGCCAGCUGUUCUUCGAAAAGCCCCAA